CUGACCAUCCACUCGUCUGUUCGUUCCCUAGCUGGCUUCGUGCGAGACCCGUGAACAUCGUUGUAAGGAUCGCUGGCGCGCCGAGCAACGCGAUCUGUGUCCCGUAAGUAUUUGUGCACUUGCCCGCCCCUCUGCACUCGCUCGCCCGUCUCCAUGCUCGCUCGCCCGUCUCUGCCAGUGCGCUCCGCCGCCCGUCGACCCGACUACAGAGAGCAGAGACGAUGCUGAAGAUCGGCGAGCGGGCUUACCCUGUGGAUCCCUCACGCGACCCGCGAAGACAGAGACGCUGCAGCAAAAUAGCCGCGCCGCGGCCGCUCAACGUCGGGCAAGACGACGAUCCGCUCGCCCAGCAGAUGGUUGCGCUCAAAAAGGAGGAGGCAGCACACGGCGGCAGAGUCAGUACCAGCCACAGGGCGCGUAUCCGACUUCCAGCCCAUCGCCAACGAGACGGGACGCCACGGCGAACAAGCUGUCGCCGCCGCCAGACGGAUCGAGCCGGAGUGGUCGCAGGAACUCGGUCGACUACCGUCGCUCCGCGGAGAUCGUCGCCGGCGCGCCGCCAGCUUUCGACUGGCGUUCGACGUCGCCAAACCCGUACCCGAAGCACAUGCUCCCGCCGUUAAAUGUAGGUCCAUCGGAAUUUGCCCGUGGAGGAGAUUCUGCACGACUACGAGCAGUCAUUCCCAGGGCAGGUCCGAACCCCAGCCAGAGCCAGAUACUACAGUCGACGAGGUUUAUGAGCGGCCAG